GGGACCCACUGAAUGGAUGAACAGAUUAGUUUAUGAUAAUAUUAAUUAUCCUAAAGUAAGUACUGGUUACAUUAGUGUGAUCUCUAAAUAAAUUCACCUUACAUUUACUCUAAAUGUAUUACUUUAAAAACAGGUGUGUAGAAACUCAGCAGGAAUCUGGUUCUACUGGAGCAGUAACGAGGAACUUGCUUUAUAGACUCACAGACACACCUGUUUUACACACGUCACUCAAACACAGAACCAGGAAACAGAAUCACAUGACUUCAGGGAAAGAGAAACUGAAGUGUAGUUGAGCUGUUGUGUGUUUGUGUCUCUGUGUUCAUGCAGUAAAAUGGCAGAAGCCAGAGUUUCUCAGGAUGAGUUCAUGUGUUCAGUGUGUCUGGAUCUCCUGAAGGAUCCAGUGGCCAUUCCCUGUGGACACAGUUACUGUAAGAGCUGUAUUACAGACUGCUGGGAUCAGGAGGAUCAGAAGAGAGUCUACAGCUGUCCUCAGUGCAGACAGACCUUCAGUCCAAGACCUGCUUUAUCUAGAAACACCAUGCUGGCUGAAGUGGUGGAGAAACUGAAGAAGACCAGACUCUCUGCUGACUGUGAGGCUGGAGCUGGAGAUGUGCAGUGUGACGUCUGUACUGGAAGGAAAUACAGAGCCGUCAAGUCCUGUCUGGUGUGUCUGGAGUCUUACUGUCAAACUCAUUUUGAGCGGCACGAGGAGUUUCAUUCACGUAAACCACACAAAGUGACUGAAGUCACUGGACGACUGCAGGAGAUGAUCUGCCAGAAACAUGAGAAGAUCCUCGAGGUUUUCUGUCGCACUGAUCAGAAGUGUAUAUGUGUGCUGUGUACGAUUAUUGAACAUAAAAACCAUGACAUUGUACCAGCCUCAGACCAGAGGACAGAGAAACAGAAGCAGCUGAAGGAGACUCAGAAGACGCUCCAGCAGAGAAUCCAGCAGAGAGAGAAAGAUCUCCAGCAGCUGAGAGAGACUGUGGAGUCUCAUAAGCGCUCUGCACAGACAGCAGUGGAGGACAGUGAGAGGAUCUUUACUGAGCUCAUCCGCUCCAUUGAGAGAAGCCGCUCUGAGCUGAUACGACUGAUCAGAGAUCAGGAAAAGACUGCAGUGAGUCGAGCUGAAGAACGACUGGAGCGACUGGAGCAGGAGAUCAAUGAUCUGAGGAGGAGAGACGCUGAGCUGGAGCAGCUUUCACACACACAGGAUCACAUCCAGUUCCUGCAGAGUUUCCAGUCUCUCUCAGCUCCUCCUGAAUCUACAGACGUAAAUGAUGAUCUCUUCAGUUCUCUCUUCUCUUCUGAUGAUCUGAGAGAAUCUGUCCAUCAGCUGAGAGACAAACUGGAGGAUUUCUGUAAAGAGCAGCUCCAGAAGAUCUCAGACAGAGAAACAUUCACCAGCAUUGAUCUCUGGACCAGGAAGGACUUCCUACAAUAUUCCCAUCAGUUCACUCCGGAUCUGAACACAGCACAUAAACGCCUCCGUCUGUCUGAGAACAACAGAGUGAUUACAUACACUGACAGAUAUCAGUCGUAUCCUGAUCAUCCAGACAGAUUUGAUCUGUGGUUUCAGGUGUUGUGUAGAGAGAGUGUGUGUGGACGCUGUUACUGGGAGAUUGAGUGGAGUGGAGAUAAAGGUGUGUGUAUAUCAGUGUCAUAUAAGAGCAUCAGCAGGAAGGGAUCGGGUGUUGAGUGUGGGUUUGGAUAUAAUGAUCAGUCCUGGAGUUUGUGCUGCUCUGCUGACAGUUACUCAUUCAUUCACAAUAACAUAGUGACUGCUCUCUCUGUGAAGUCCAUCAGCAGUAGAAUAGGAGUGUGUAGUGAUGAUGAUGAUGAUGAUGAUGAUGUAGUCAGGAGAAUAGGAGUGUUUGUGGAUCACAGAGCAGGAACUCUGUCCUUCUACAGCGUCUCUGACACAAUGAGCCUCAUCCACACAGUCCAGACCACAUUCACUCAGACGCUCUAUCCUGGGUUUACGGUUUAUUACGGAUCAUCAGUGAAACUGUGUUGAUGAAUCAGAAUAGAUAUUAUUAUCAUAAUGGCCUUUCAUUCAAAAGAUCUCACAGUGAAUAAAUAAAUGUCAUUAUUAAC